UGAUUUGCUCAACAGAUUGUUUCCUCUUUGUCUCUCGGCUGAUACACAAUGGUUCAGUUUUUAACUCUGCAUGUGUUUCUCUGUGCCAUGGGUUUGCUCUCUGAGACUCUGUGCUCUUUAACUUUGGAGGCAGAAGCUGGAGAUAAUGUCACUAUUUGGUGCCAACAUAACCUGACUGCUACAGAUUCCAUCUACUGGUUUAAACACACGUGUGAUUCAGUUCCACUUCUUCUUGGGUGCAAAAAGUUUAGGACAUCAGCUCCAUUACAAUCGUGUUACUUCUUUACUGAAAGUGAGAGAAUAGUGAUGUCUGUUCAUGGCAAGAACACGUCUCUCACAAUCACUGCAGUAAAUGUCUCUGAUACAGGACUCUAUUACUGCAGCUUCAGUGAUAAAAUGAUCUUUAGCAACUCGACGUCUUUACAAGUGAAAGGUGUAAAUAAAACAUUUUCUGAAAACUUGGAAAAAACAACAGGUUCAAACUCUUCUGCUGUGUUCUUCAUGCUGACUGUGGUGUUUGGUGCCGUGAUUGUGAUUCUUCUCAGUGUCCUGAUCUUCAUCAUACUGAAGCACAGAAAAGCUCAGAGAGGUGCUGAAGCAGAAGCUAAUGAGGUUGCUGACUCGGACUCGGUGCAUUACGCUGCACUUCACUUCUCUAAGAAUAAAACCAAUAGAAUCAUGAGACAUGAUGAAAAGGUGGAUCAACAUGUGGUAUAUUCUUCAGUCGAACAGAGUAAUGUGUGUACGUAAUGUCAAAUAUCAUUACUGUUUACUUAAUAUGAAGCAGAUGUUUCUGAUGGUCCAUGUUUGGAAGAAAUAUAUCAUUUGUAACAUCACAUUUACAAAAUAUAAUAUAAUAUAAUAUAAUAUAAUAUAAUAUAAUAUAAUAUAAUAUAAUAUAAAAUAAUAUAAAAUAAUAUAAAAUGAUAUAAUAGCUUCAGGAUUCUGCACAUUUAAUUUUUACUCUAAACCUUGUAUCAGGUCUCUCAGUUUAUAUCCAGUGUCAUAAAAUAUUCAAGGGUAAAUACAGUCAGGUCCAUAAAUUUUGGGACAUCGACACAAUUCUAACAUUUUUGGCUCUAUACACCACCACAAUGGAUUUCAAAUGAAAUGAACAAGAUGUGCUUUAACUGCAGACUGUCAGUUUUAAUUUGAGGGUAUUUACAUCCAAAUCAGGUGAACGGUGUAGGAAUUACAACAGUUUGCAUAUGUGCCUCCCACUUGUUAAGGGACCAAAAGUAAUGGGACAGAAUAAUAAUCAUAAAUCAAACUUUCACUUUUUAAUACUUGGUUGCAAAUCCUUUGCAGUCAAUUACAGCCCAAAGUCUGGAACGCACUUUAUGUCCCAUAAAGUGAAGUUCAUCUAGUCAUCUUGUCAGUGAAAUAGAAAUAUUUGCUAUUCCAGCUUUUCCAAGUGGAAUCUCAGGAGUCUGAAAUGGUUUAUUUCAUUUCUGGAUUUGGUUCUUUUUCAGUGAAACUGAGUCGUUAAUGUGUAAGUUAUUAUGGUGAAUAUUGUUCAAGUGGGACACUUUUGAAAAGGUGACUUUUUCUGUCAAUUUUUACCAUCAUCCCAGUGUCAUAUCAUCUAACAAGAUAUCUUUAUAAAAAAGCUUAAAAUCUCCCUAACACUAUUCAAAAGCGAACAUCAAGAAAUACUUAAAACAGGUAAAACGGCCCUUCUUACAAUCUUUGUUUAUCAGAUUCUCUGCGUUUUCCUGUGUUACUGUUCAAGUGGGACACUUUACUCUCUCUUUAACCAGGACAGAUGUACAUGUUUUUUAUCAUCUGUUUUGCUUGUAACAUUCAUGAAAAUCUUUUUUUUUUGUAACACAGGUGUGAAUAUAUAUGUAUUACGGCCCUUGGCCCUCCUCUGUAGGCUGCUUUUUGGAUAUUCCAUGUCUUCGCCAUCAUCCUAAGAUGUUAUUCGUCUCUCCUCCUGCUGCCUCCUACAGCUCUACUCCUCUUCUCCUCACUUCACUGAUCUAAACUUCUCUAACUCACUGCUCUUUCAUUAUCUGUCUUUUUCUCAUCUUCCCCCCUCUCUUUCUUCAUUUUACCAUUUGAUUCUGAAAUACAUUUAAAGUGUUAUGCAUUAUUACAAUAAGGAGAAUAUAUCCAUUAGUAGUGUGUGCUAAUUAAUCAUUAUUACAGAGCUUGAAAAGCAUUGAAUUAUUCCUCAUUCUUCGUUGGAUCCUUACGGGUCCAAGCACCAAUGGUGCUUGAACCCUAUUGUAAUUGUUAGGAUUUUUCUUUCUUUCUUUCUUUCUUUCUUUCUUUUGUUCUUUCGUCUUCUGCAUUAGAACAUAACAUAUAUACCCAACUGUAAGUCAUAGAGCCAAGAAACUUGGUCAACAGGUAACACUUCCUCCCAGUACCCAGGCAAGUGAGAUAGGCCCGAUCGGCCCAAUGGUAGUGCUAGAGCACUGGGUUUUAUGUUUUGGUCCAUAUCACAUGAACUGUGAGAACUAGUCAUUGGAUCUUUACCUAUCUUUACAAAUUUGGUGUCAAACUACUCUGGAUAAUGUGAACAUCAAUAAUUAUCAAAAACAUAUUGAUAUUUUUAAACAAUAUGGCUGCAACAUAUCAAGCAACCUUAAUGAGGUGGAGCCUCAUUUACUCAAAUACACUAUAUUACCAAAAGUAUUCGGUCACCUGCCUUGACUCACAUAUGAACUUAAGUGCCAUCCCAUUCCUAACCCAUAGGGUUCAAUAUGAUGUCGGUCCACCUUUUGCAGUUAUUACAGCUUCAACUCUUCUGGGAAGGCUGUCCACAAGGUUGAGGAGUGUGUUUAUAGGAAUUUUUGACCAUUCUUCCAAAAGCGCAUUGGUGAGGUCACACACUGAUGUUGGUCGAGAAGGCUUGGCUCUCAGUCUCCGCUCUAAUUCAUCCCAAAGGUGUUCUAUCGGGUUCAGGUCAGGACUCUAUCGGGUGCAGGCCAGUCAAGUUCAUCCACACCAGACUCUGUCAUCCAUGUCUUUAUGGACCUUGCUUUGUGCACUGGUGCACAGUCAUGUUGGAAGAGGAAGGGGCCCGCUCCAAACUGUUCCCACAAGGUUGGGAGCAUGGAAUUGUCCAAAAUGUUUUGGUAUCCUGAAGCAUUCAAAGUUCCUUUCACUGGAACUAAGGGGCCAAGCCCAACUCCUGAAAAACAACCCCACACCAUAAUUCCUCCUCCACCAAAUUUCACACUUGGCACAAUGCAGUCCGAAAUGUACCGUUCUCCUGGCAACCUCCAAACCCAGACUCGUCCAUCAGAUUGCCAGAUGGAAAAGCGUGAUUCAUCACUCCAGAGAACGCAUCUCCACUGCUCUAGAGUCCAGCGGCGGCGUGCUUUACACCACUGCAUUCGACGCUUUGCAUUGCACUUGGUGAUGUGUGGCUUGGAUGCAGCUGCUCGGCCAUGGAAACCCAUUCCAUGAAGCUCUCUGCAUACUGUACUUGGGCUAAUCUGAAGGUCACAUGAAGUUUGGAGCUCUGUAGCAAUUGACUGUGAAGAAAGUCGACGACCUCUUUGCACUAUGCGCUUCAGCAUCCGCUGACCCCUCUCCGUCAGUUUACGUGGCCUACCACUUUGUGGCUGAGUUGCUGUUGUUCCCAAACUCUUCCAUUUUGUUAUGAUAAAGCUGACAGUUGACUGUGGAAUAUUUAGGAGCGAGGAAAUUUCACGACUGUAUUUGUUGCACAGGUGGCAUCCUAUGACAGUUCCACGCUGGAAUUCACUGAGCUCCUGAGAGCGGCCCAUUCUUUCACAAAUGUUUGUAAAAACAGUCUGCAUGCCUAAGUGCUUGAUUUUAUACACCUGUGGCCAGGCCAAGUGAUUAGGACACCUGAUUCUGAUCAUUUGGAUGGGUGACCGAAUACUUUUGGUAAUAUAGUGUAGCUGUAACUCAAAGCUGUAACAAAAUUGAAAGGUUUAUACAGAACAAGAUUCUGAGGUCAUACGCAGAUUUCAGGGGUGGUCAUACAGAGGGGCAGAGCUAAAGUCAGUUAACUGUUUCUCAGAAACUGUAAAUCAUCAGGAACCAUACAUCUGAUCAGGAACCGUAAAUCAAUUUUGUGAUUUAGAUUCAAUUUAAAUGUGUGUUAGGUUCAAAUAGCUGUUUCUCAGGAGCCAAAAGUCUGUUUGGGCUGAAAUUUGGUGUGCUGCAUCGUUCCUCUAAUUUGUAACUGGAUUUUUCAGCAUUAUUUAAUUACUUUAAAAACAUGUCUGAAUUCAGCCAAUCAGCUUUCAGCAGGCAUUUUGCACAACUAACAUUGAGCUAUUAUCACAAAACUUGAUAAGUAUGUUAGUCUAUGUAUCUUGGCAAGAACUGGCCACUGUGGGUGCUUGGACCCUGCAGAUUGCUGCUUGAAGCUAUAUUUAGAGGUCAAACUUCUUGAAUUUUAUUUGCCCCAAACACAAAAAUAAAAAAAUCCUAUGACCUUUAAUGGCUACAAACCCAAAUACACCCCUGCCCCCACACGAUUUGCCCCUAACACAAAAAUAGAGCCUCGUGCCAAGAACCCCACCAUGCUGGGAAUUUCAUGGCCCCACUUUCUAAUUCUUUACAGUCUUUACUAAUUUUAUCUUUCAUAAACUUUCUUUUAAGCUAACUUUCAGUGCUUUUUAAACAAUGUGUAUUUAAGGAAAUGCAAAUCUAGUCUCAAUCAUUUCACAUUUCAUAUGUAAAAAGAUCAUACACCUAAAAACCCUCUUUAAAUGACUUGAUUGGCUGUCCCACUUUACCAAUAAUUCCCUGUGACCCUUUACUUCCCAAGGAUGAACUCAGUAAGGAAUUAAAAUCCAUAAAGUAUAGACACGUUACAGUAGAGGAUUCAAGUGUCCCACUUUAACCUUUCUCCCAGUUUACCAAUAUUAACCCUAUGUAUACUAUGUAAUAGAUAAAUAUCUUAUGGGAAGAUAAUUAACUACAAGUUGGUGUGAUGUGAAAUUACUAUUGAUUUUUUACUGAGCUGAGUGUUUAUGCAGGGAAGGAAAAACUGAAUUGAAUUGUGAAAAUGGUAACCUAAGCUUUCUUUAGCUGAAGGUUAUGUUAGAUAUAGGUUAUCACGAUAGUUAUAUGACUGGGGUUUUAGAAGAGUGAUGUAUGUGUAUGUAUAUUGCCUAUUAUAAUGCCAGAAAAUAAAUAAGUAGU